GCAUGGCCUUCAGCUCCCGGCAGCUCCUGCGGGCGCACCAGGAGAAGCUCUGCCUCGGGAUCCCCGAGCCCGCCAGCUCCGGCCUCCAUGGGGGGAACCCUCUGCCUGUGGAGGGGGCGCCGGGCACGGCAGGGAGGCCACAGGACACCUCGGUUGUGGUGUCCCAACAUGGGGACCCCCCUGAGCCACACCAUCGCCUUGAGCUUCCCGGGGUCUCAGCGGCUGUAUGGGGACAGCGGGGACCGGGGUGGGCACGGGGGGCUCCCCUGGAGGCCGUGCUCACCCCCCGCGAGCGGGCCCUGCUCCGCACGGCCGACCCCGCUUCCAGGAGGCCCACAGUGGAGGUACGGUGACCCCCCUGCCCCUGUGGGCACCAGCACCCCUGCGGCUCCCCACACCCCGCGGCUGGUGGGGGUCCAGCCCCUCCUGCCUGCUGAACCCCCUGUGCAACAGGGAGAGCGCCCCCAGCAGCUGGUCCCGCCACAGGGGCACCAGCAGCCGCCACGGGAGCUGCUGGAGGCCCACGAACAGCAAAUGGCCGAGAUCCGGGCCAGAACCCAGCAGCUGGAGCAGCAGAGGGAAGGGCUGUGCCGGCAGCUGGCAGCACUGGGGGCUGGGGGGGCUGAGGGACCCCAGCCCGAGCAGGGGGAGCUGGGGCUGGGCCAGGUCCUGCAGGCCCCAAAGGAGCAGCUCGGACAGGUGCAAGUGGCACAGCACAGGACCACCCUCCACCUUGACACCCUCCUGCCACCCGCGGGGCCACUCACUGCCGAGGCCAGGGCACUGCGACUGUCCUACCUGCGCGCUGGGGGACACGACCCGGCCAUCCUGGACCAGCUGCUCCACCUCCAGCUGGAAGCCACAGUGCUGGAGAAAGGAACCCCGGGGCUGCGCAAGGGCAGGAGGAUGGGUAAGGCCCAACCCCAGCCCCAUCUCCCUGCAGGGACUGUGACUCCACAGCCGGCACCUGAGGCACCCCUGGCUGUGCCAGCAGAGCCCCCUGGCACUGGCACGCAGGGUCUGGAUGCGGCACUGUUGGCUGUGGAGCUGGAAAACUGGCGUCUGGAAGAUGAAGUGUUGGCGCUGAAGGUCAGGAGGGAGAGGAGAGCUGACGCUGGCUCGAGGGUGGCCCAGAGGCACUCGGAGGAGCUGGCCCAGCUCCAGGCAGAGGUGGGGAUGCUGCGAUGCCACGCGGAGCAGACAGGGCCACGUCCCAUCCUCCCACCCGCUGUGGCCCCUCCACUGCCACCAGCCCUGGCUGUGCCAGAACUUUUUAUGGAGCCCCCUGGGCCAGCGCUGGGCCCAGGCAGCCCCACAGCCCAUGUGCCCCACGGCCUCCCCCUCAGCCCCUUUGUGGCCCUGGAGGACCCUCCUCCUGCUCAGGAGCCCCCAGAACAACACAAACCUCCACGAAGGCUGCUCGAGGCUGAGGGAGGCACCCCCAGAACCCACAGCAGGCUUAGCUGAGACUGAACCCCAGCACAGCCCCAGCUGUGACCACAGAGCUGGUGCCCCAGGAGAAGGAAAAAAGGUCACAUCCAGACUGAAAUUCACCACAGUGAAUUUCAUUCACUGCUCUUCUUCCCCCCAGAGCAGCCAGUUCUGCCUGCCCA